AUGCCUAGCUCAAGAGAUGUCGGCCGCGUCGUCAUGGACGCGCUCUACUACGCGUUGCGGUACGUCUUGUCGUCGCUUGCCGACACACCCGGCGCAAGCAAGAAGAGCAAAGAGAAGGGCGAAUCGCUCCUGUCGCAGACCGGACUGUCCAAGGAACAGCUGGCAGCCCUCGACCUCGACGAGUACGAGACGUCGAUCGCUGGCGAGAUUAUCCCUCCCCAGGCGAUUGACACCACUUUCGAGUCCAUCGGUGGACUGGACGAGAUCAUCAACUCGCUCCGCGAGACCGUCAUCUACCCGUUGACGUACCCCGAGCUCUUUGCUGCGGGCGGCUCGCUCCUCUCUGCGCCCCGCGGUGUGCUCCUGUACGGCCACCCAGGCUGUGGAAAGACGAUGCUUGCCAAGGCGCUGGCCAAGGAGAGCGGCGCUACGUUCAUCAACCUCCCUCUUUCCUCCCUCACCUCCAAGUGGUUUGGCGAGAGCAACAAGCUCGUCAACGGCCUGUUCUCGCUUGCGCGCAAAGUCCAGCCGUCCAUCAUCUUCAUUGAUGAGAUUGACUCGCUGUUCCGUGAGCGUUCGCAGGCCGACCAUGAGGUCACUGGCAUGCUCAAGGCCGAGUUUAUGACCCUCUGGGACGGCCUGACCUCUGGCACCGACCGCAUCCUGGUUCUCGGUGCCACGAACCGCCCCAACGACAUUGACCCGGCAAUCCUCCGCCGCAUGCCCAAGCGCUUCGCCAUCCGCCUCCCCAACUAUGAGCAGCGUCUCAAGAUCCUCUCCCUCAUGCUCUCGCACACCAAGCUCGCCUCUGGAUUCUCCAUCGAGGAGCUGGCGCGCCGCACCGACGGCCUGUCGGGCUCGGACCUCAAGGAGACGUGCCGCAACGCCGCCAUGGUCCCUGUCCGCGAGUUUAUGCGCGAGAAAGGUCGUGCGGGCAAGGACGGCCUCGAGGCUGCGCGCCGCGAGGGGUUCCAUGUCCGUCCUCUCGCCCUCGACGACUUCGCCAUCCAUGAUUCGCACCAAUACCACUAUGUAGACCCGAGCAAGAAGCGCGCACCGCCAGGCGCUUACGUUGACCCCGUCGACUAG